ACCCUUUCUGGCGUAACUUGUUACGCACAGACUUCCGUGACUGGGCCCGGGACGUCCAUAGACGUGGCCGUCUAUGCUGUGCUGCGUUCUCUGGCGCAGUGUCCCGUGUGGAGAGAGAGAGAGAGAGAGAGGGAGAAGUUUGCUCUGCCUGCAUCGCAGCCUCGGCGCUGCUGGAAUCGAACACAACAAUGGCGACUCCCAGUUCCAGCAGCAACUCAACAACCUCCAGCGGAAACAGCAACAUUGCAGGAUCCACCUCGCACCACCAUCACCCGCAAACACAACACAUGACCACCGUCAGCAGCAUGCAAGAAAGCAACACGUGCUGGAGGUGUCAAAACGAAACAGGUAAACGUAAAGCCCUGAAGCUGAACUUCGCCAACCCUCCAGUGAAGCCAGCGACCAGGUUGCCCCUCAACCCCUCACCUUCAACUGCCCCUUCCUUCCAGAACCCACACAUAGAGCGUAUGAGGACACACAGUAUCGAGUCGUCGGGGAAGCUGAAGAUUUCUACGGAGAAUGCCUGUGACUUCACGGCCGAGGACCUGAGAGACCUGGGGGAGAUCGGCCGCGGGGCCUACGGCUCCGUCAACCAGAUGCAGCACAAACCCAGUGGACAGAUCAUGGCCGUCAAGAGGAUCCGCUCCACGGUGGAUGAGAAGGAGCAGAAGCAGCUGCUGAUGGAUCUAGACGUGGUGAUGAGGAGUAGUGACUGUCUCUACAUCGUUCAGUUCUACGGAGCUCUCUUCAGAGAGGGUGACUGUUGGAUAUGUAUGGAACUAAUGUCUACCUCAUUCGACAAAUUCUACAAAUGUGUAUAUUGUUCGUUAGAUGACGUCAUUCCAGAGGAAAUAUUAGGCAAAAUUACAUUAGCAACCGUUAAAGCGCUGAACCACUUAAAAGAAAACUUGAAAAUAAUUCACAGAGACAUCAAACCUUCCAACAUUCUCAUGGACCGUAACGGCAACAUCAAGCUGUGUGACUUUGGCAUCAGUGGUCAGCUGGUGGACUCUAUAGCCAAGACCAGAGACGCAGGCUGCAGACCCUACAUGGCACCGGAGAGGAUAGACCCCAGUGCAUCCAGACAAGGCUACGACGUCCGAUCUGACGUGUGGAGUUUGGGGAUAACCCUGUAUGAGUUGGCCACCGGCAGAUUCCCGUACCCCAAGUGGAAUAGCGUGUUUGAUCAGCUGACCCAGGUGGUGAAGGGCGAGCCACCGCAGCUCUGCAACUCUGAGGACAGGCAGUUCUCCCCUAAGUUCAUCAACUUUGUCAAUUUAUGCCUCACAAAGGAUGAGUCAAAACGGCCCAAGUACAAGGAGCUCCUGAAACACCCGUUCAUCCUGAUGUACGAGGAGCGGUUUGUGGACGUGGCCAGCUACGUGUGUCGUAUCCUGGACCAGAUCCCUGCCUCCCCUAUCUCCCCUAUGUAUGUGGACUGACGGGGGGGGGAAUCAGUACACCGCGACACACAACGCAUGACAUCCCGUGCCCUCAGUUACUAUAGUAACAAGGUGUUCGUUUCCAUGAGAACAAUUCCAGAUUCCAAACCAAUCGCUCUGUGCAAUACGAUAAUACACACAUACUUGUAGCCACCCUGUUCAAUGUCCAUAAAAACAUCUAGAUUAUCCUCCCGUCUUCAGACAGCUAAACUUGAAGACAUUCAAUUGGCUCAACGUAUAUACACAACGGGUCAUCUUUUUUAUGUGCUAGGAAAAAAACGGUUUAGAGUCAAUAUAUGGUGUAUACUUGAAAAUCGAUGUUACCAAAUAAACAAACAUGUUGGAAAGUGCCGCUCA